CUACAGUUUUCCUCCCCUCCAUCGGCUGCCUGGGAAGGGGCUCCCGGAGCCGCCCGCUGUCCAUGGUACCGGCAGCCCCGCAGCCCAGCGCUGCCGUAGCUUCUCUGUGUUUGAGGAUUUGGGAGUGUGCUGCUGUUUCUCUUUUUUUCUUACUCAGCAUUUAUAAUACUGAAUGGUCUGCACUUUAGCCAUUUUGGUGUUAGCUUCAAACACUUUGUAAUUACAGGAGUGUUUUACGAGUGUGGCUACUUUUGGCCCACAGCUCUUGGUCAACCGAAUAUUUUCUUAGUCUCCUCGCCUCCUACUUUUGUGUUUCAAGAGGCUGUGAGGGAGUUGGUGACCUGUAGCUACCUUGAAGAAUAGAUCCAUACAACCCUUGUGCCAUAUGCACUAAUAUUUGUUUUCAACACAAAAUCUCUCCAGAGCCCUGCAGGGGUAAAAUAUCUCAGACUCCUGAAACAGACUGGACAGCUCAAGGCUAAAUACCUGCAAAAAUAACAUUUACUCCAACUCUUCAAUUUUUUUUCAAAGCUCUUGAAGUCCAGAGGCCUUUCUGAUUAGUGCUACAGCACUGCAAAGGAAGAUGCUGAAGCACACCCACAGUUUUACUUGAAUAUUGCACUGAGAGAUUUUUAGGAGAAUAUAUGAAUAAUGCAUUUGAAUAUGUCCUUUAAUUUCAUUACUCUCAGGGGGAUAAACUUUUGGGAGGAAGAUUUGUUGGAAGCACAGAUCCCAUCAUGGAGAUUCUCAGCUCUCCUAUAUCCACUGAGCAGAGACUGUCUGAAGUUGAUAUCCAGGCAAGCAUGGCUUAUGCCAAAGCCUUGGAGAAGGCUAGCAUCCUAACCAAAACUGAGCUGGAGAAGAUCCUGAGUGGCCUGGAAAAGAUCUCUGAGGAAUCAUCUAAGGGAAUCCUUGUAAUGACCCAAAGUGAUGAGGAUAUCCAGACUGCCAUUGAACGCAGACUGAAGGAGCUGAUUGGGGAUAUAGCUGGAAAGCUGCAGACUGGAAGAAGCAGGAAUGAACAGGUUGUGACUGACCUGAAGCUGCUCCUGAAGAGUUCCAUCUCUGUCAUCUCCACUCACUUGCUGCAGCUCAUCAAGACCCUGGUGGAGCGUGCUGCCAUAGAAAUUGAUGUUAUCAUGCCUGGCUACACCCACCUGCAGAAAGCUCUGCCCAUCAGAUGGAGCCAGUUCCUGCUCAGCCACGCUGUUGCACUGACCCGUGAUUCUGAGCGCCUGGGAGAAGUGAAGAAAAGGAUCACUGUCUUGCCUCUGGGAAGUGGUGUCCUGGCAGGCAACCCACUAGAAAUUGAUAGAGAGCUUCUGCGUAGCGAACUGGACAUGACUUCCAUCACUCUGAACAGCAUAGAUGCCAUCAGUGAGAGAGACUUUGUGGUGGAAUUAAUCUCUGUUGCCACCCUGCUGAUGAUCCACCUUAGCAAGCUGGCUGAAGAUCUCAUCAUCUUCAGCACCACUGAAUUUGGCUUUGUGACCCUCUCUGAUGCCUACAGCACUGGCAGCAGCCUGUUGCCUCAGAAGAAGAACCCUGAUAGCCUGGAACUGAUCCGCAGCAAAGCUGGUCGUGUGUUUGGACGGUUGGCUGCUAUUCUCAUGGUUCUGAAAGGAAUUCCAAGCACCUUCAGCAAGGAUCUGCAGGAGGACAAGGAAGCUGUCCUUGAUGUUGUGGACACUCUGACUGCUGUGCUCCAGGUUGCCACCGGAGUGAUUUCUACCCUCCAGAUCAACAAGGAGAACAUGGAGAAGGCUCUGACCCCUGAGUUGCUGUCUACUGAUCUGGCUCUCUACUUGGUUCGUAAAGGAAUGCCCAUCAGACAAGCCCAAACUGCUUCUGGGAAGGCCGUCCACCUUGCUGAGACUAAAGGCAUCACCAUCAAUAAUCUCACCCUGGAGGACCUGAAGAGCAUCAGCCCCCUGUUUGCCAGCGAUGUCUCCCAGGUCUUCAGCGUUGUCAACAGCGUGGAGCAGUACACUGCCGUGGGCGGUACUGCCAAGAGCAGCGUGACUGCCCAGAUCGAGCAGCUGAGGGAGCUGCUGAAGAAGCAGAAGGAGCAAGCUUAGAGUGUGGGGACAUAUCCCGUGGCUGCAGCGUUGUGCUUAUCACACUAAUCCAGAGUUAAUAAACACUGUGGUGUAUUGUAGUUCACUGAAACUCCUGUGUUG